GUGAACAGCAGGGCACAAGCAGCAGCAACAGAGAUUCAAAAAUCUUUUUCUCGCAUCCAGGAAUAAUUCUUUACAAACAAAAUGUUGAAACAAACCGCAUUUGUGGCACUUCUACUAGCUGCCAUCUUAGCGCUAGCGCAGGCGGAGCCACCACGGUUUCGUGCUGCACUUAGACGCACACCAGGUCGUUUCCUUGCACGUCAAGAGGCGGAGGUUACUGCUGAUAACCAACCAGAGGAUGUACCACCUCCAGUUGAGGCGGAGCAACCAGCACCGUAUCCACCCGCCGGUGUCACACCAUCCAUACCCUUCGACCUACCAACAGAAACCGAAGCGCCUCUGCCGGAUGAGGUUUAUGGCCCACCCGAAGAGGAGCCAACACCCGAUCCCACUUAUGGACCACCAGCGGAGGAGGAGACAGCCACACUAGCAGCGCCUGCUUCUGACGGUGAAGCGGUAUCCGAGAACUUGAUUCAACCGCGUCGAAAGGCCGUCUUGGCCAAGCAACGCGCCAGAAGUGUGCUCCGCUCUCAGCCGCUGCUGCUUCAAGCUGUGCCCGCUGCACCAGGUGUAGUAGAGUUGGUGCGCGCCGAGCCAGGAGUUGUCUACAUUUUAAAAUAAAGACGUAGGAGGCGAAAAGAAUUGGAAGAAGACGUCAUGCAUAUCUAAUAUUCCUUUUCUAAUUGUUAAGUUUUAAAACGAGAAUUUUAUUCAAAGAAACGAUGAAAUAUUAAAUCUGAUUUAUUUUA